AUGGCUAUCGUAUUUGUACACUUACUAAUGACCGCCAGUCGCACCUACGUCCAACCACUGGCUUGGACUGCAGCCAUGCACUUUCCAGUCCCAGAUCCUAAGCGCAGCCGCAUCGCGGAAGCGUGCUCCGGAUCUGUGGCACCGGAUGUACCCUCACUACUUACUAUCGCACCUGAGCUACGCAACCAGAUCUACGAGUACUUACUUGUCGAUCCGAACCCGAUAACGAUCGAGAACGCUGAGGACAUCUCAAACCAGAUCGCCAGAAUCAAGAGGACCAGGAUUAGGAAGACCAGUAACUUCAGCGGAAGCUCUGCCAUUCUUCGUACUUGCCGUCAAGUCUACCACGAAGCAGUCGGCAUUCUUUAUAGCCGUAACUCCUUCCGCUUUCAAUACCAUCUACGCUUCCAGGACGAGGCCGCCGUUGAGAUCGAUAGUCCCCUCGAAGUGUGCACAGGGUGGAUAGACGAUGUCGACUCUUGUCUUCCAAGAUUGCGCACUAUCACCAUCAACAUGGACGUGCCCAUGAUUCCUGCGGAGUCCAGGGACUACGGCUUCGACAAGGAUGUGCGGGAGUGUUCCCGCCAGAGAAUAAACAUCUUGCCAUUACUCGAUGUAUUCUGGAACAGCGACACACGCAACACAUCAGUCAUCUUUGAGAGCUUUGAGAACCUUGUGAACGAUGCACCAGACGAUUCUGACUCAGAAUCUGGGGAGACAGAGCUUGAUGUUGCGUCCGUAACGAAUGUUCUGUCUGAGUUAGGGGGUAAAGAUUCACUGGAUUUGAAGAAAACACGCCGCUUUCUGGGAAGUGUUUAUGUGGAUGCAGCCGGUAGCCAAGGCACCAUUGUCUACCGGUCGACAAGUUACGAAGGCUACAUACAACGCCAGUUCAAGCUAUCUAUGGAGACCCAGAGAUGCGAGAUCGUUUCUUUACGAAACCCUCUGACUCUGUUCGACCUGUCCGAAAAUAUCACCGAUGCUAUCAUCCGGCUUGCACUCGGUGAUCAAGAAUGCACGUACAAUUUCCACACCGGUAUCACGCAUGGACACCAACCCGGCAUGCUUAAAGUCAAUACUCAGCUUCGCAGGCUUGUUGGUUCGUGGUUCCUACGCAAAAUCCGCUAUACCCUGAUCCUGGCUUCUGAUCCCACCCAAACUUCCGAAGCAAUGUUUGAGAGACUUGACCGUCGAAUCGCAGAGAUAUACCAGCAGGAUGAUAUACAGUUCAUUGAAUCACCGCGAGGCUGUCAUCCCGUCUCAGCGAGUGUAUUGCAUAAGAAUGCACCGACGAUCAUCUUGCAGUUUCAUACAAAAGAGUCACCGCAGCUAGCUGCCGUUCACAUCGAUGCAUGGGAUCUUCUGCGUGUCACUUCAGUCUUCAUGGGGACCACUACGAUCAUUGUUCGUGUUUGUGGUAGCCAUAACGAAACCCGAGACUACACUACAAGAUUGGGCGAUAUCCGAAAGAACGCCUACUUGCUUUUGAAGCAUCUAGAGCCCCAAACGGCUGCAGACACCCGCAAGUUACGCGUUCAGGUUGACUUGGAUAGCCAGUGUGUUCCUAUGCGAGCUGCCAUUCUGAAGGUCGACGAAGAUCAGCAGUCCUCCGCAGCGGUCAUCGUGAAGAAUUUGGACUCGGAGGACUUCACGUCGUUGUUUGAUAAGCGCAAUUAUAGGUGGUGGAAGCCAUUGGAUUAUCCAAGGAGCGAUCAAUCAUUCCUGAGGGCCCGAUACUGGCCUGAACAUGACUACGAUCAGGACGAGUGGAAGAACCAGACGAUGUAUACCGUUCUUUGGCGUCUUUAUCGGCUCUGUUACUCAAGUGUAAGGUAA